AGGUGUGUUCGUAGGAAGAGAGAGAAGAGGAACACCAAAAGUCUAGGACUGAGAGUAGGGACUUUGAAUGUUGGAACUAUGACAGGAAAAGGUAGAGAGCUGGUUGACAUGAUGCAGAGGAGGAAGGUGGACAUACUGUGUGUCCAGGAGACCAGGUGGAAAGGUAGUAAAGCUAGAAGUUUAGGAGCAGGAUUCAAGUUGUUCUAUCAUGGUGUAGAUAGGAAGAGAAAUGGAGUAGGAGUUAUCUUGAAGGAGGAGUUUGUUAGGAAUGUCCUGGAGGUAAAAAGAGUGUCAGAUCGAGUGAUGAGCCUGAAGCUAGAAAUUGAAGGUGUGAUGUUCAAUGUUGUUAGUGGGUAUGCUCCACAGGUAGGAUGUGAGCUGGAGGAGAAGGAAAAAUUCUGGUUGGACCUUGAUGAAGUGAUGCAGAGCAUCCCUAGAAGUGAGAGAGUUGUCAUUGGUGCAGACUUCAAUGGACAUGUUGGUGCAGGAAACAGAGAUGAUGAGGAGGUCAUGGGCAGGUUUGGUAUCCAGGAGAGGAACGCAGAAGGACAGAUGGUGGUUGACUUUGCAAAAAGGAUGGAAAUGGCUGUAGUGAAUACUUUCUUCCAGAAGAGGCAGGAACAUAGGGUGACCUAUAAGAGUGGAGGUAGGAGCACACAGGUAGACUACAUCUUGUGUAGACGGUGUAAUCUGAAGGAGAUCAGUGACUGCAAAGUAGUGGCAGGUGAGAGUGUAGCCAGACAGCAUAGGAUGGUGGUGUGUAGGAUGACCCUGGUGGUGAAGAAGAUGAAGAGGGCAAAGGCAGAGCAGAGGACCAAAUGGUGGAAGCUGAAAAAGGAAGAGUGUUGUAUGACUUUCAGGAAAGAGUUGAGGCAGGCUUUGGAUGGUCAGGAGGUGCUUCCACAUGACUGGACAACUACAGCAAAUGUGAUCAGGGAGACAGGUCGGAGAGUACUUGGUGUGUCAUCUGGAAGGAAAGGAGAUAAGGAGACUUGGUGGUGGAAUGAGGAGGUGCAGGAGUGGAUCCAGAGAAAGAGGUUAGCUAAGAAGAAGUGGGACACUGAGAGGACUGAAGAGAGUAGACAGGAGUACAGGGAGAUGCAGCGUAAGGUGAAAGUAGAGGUGGCAAAGGCCAAACAAGGGGCUUACGAUGACUUGUAUGCUAGGUUGGACAGUAAGGAGGGAGAGACUGAUCUGUACAGGUUGACAAGGCAGAGAGACAGAGAUGGGAAGGACGUGCAGCAGGUUAGGGUGAUAAAGGAUAAGGAUGGAAGUGUGUUGACAGGUGCCAAUAGUGUGAUGGGAAGAUGGAAAGAGUACUUUGAAGAGUUGAUGGAUGAGGAAAAUGAGAGAGAACGAAGAAUAGAAGAGGUGACUGUUGUGGACCAGGAAGUAGCAAAGAUUAGUAAGGAUGAAGUGAGGAGGGCAUUGAAGAGGAUGAAGAGUGGAAAGGCACUUGGUCCUGAUGAAGCUAUGGGAAAGAGUAGUUGAAGCUAGACUAAGGGCAGAGGUGAACAUCUGUGAGCAGCAGUAUGGUUUCAUGAACAGAAAGAGUACAACAGAUGCAAUAUUUGCUUUGAGGAUGUUGAUAGAGAAGUACAGAGAAGGUCAGAAGGAGCUGCAUUGUCUCUUUGUAGAUCUGGAGAAAGCUUCUGACAGGGUGCCCAGAGAGGAACUGUGGUUUUGUAUGAGGAAGUCUGGAGUGGCAGAGAAGUAUGUUAGAGUGGUGCAGGACAUGUAUGAGGACUGUAAGACAGUGGUGAGGUGUGCUGUAGGAGUAACAGAGGAGUUCAAGGUGGAGGUGGGACUACAUCAGGGAUCAGCUCUGAGCCCCUUCUUGUUUGCUAUGGUGAUGGACAGGAUGACAGACGAGGUUAGACAGGAGUCUCCAUGGACUAUGAUGUUUGCAGAUGACAUUGUGAUCUGUAGUGAGAGCAGGGAACAGGUGGAGGAGAAGCUAGAGGAGUGGAGGUUUGCCCUGGAAAGGAGAGGAAUGAAGGUUAGCCGCAGCAAGACGGAGUAUCUGUGUGUGAAUGAGAGGGACCCAAGUGGAAGAGUGAGGCUACAGGGAGAAGAGAUCAAGAAGGUGGAGGAUUUUAAGUACUUAGGGUCAACAGUCCAGAGCAAUGGAGAGUGUGGAAAAGAGGUGAAGAAGCGUGUACAGGCAGGCUGGAACGGCUGGAGAAAAGUGUCAGGUGUGAUGUGUGAUAGAAGAGUUUCAGCUAAAAUGAAAGGAAAGGUUUACAAAACUAUGGUGAGACCAGCCAUGUUGUUUGGUCUGGAGACAGUGUCCCUGAGGAAAAGACAGGAGGCAGAGCUGGAGGUAGCAGAACUGAAGAUGCUGAGGUUCUCUUUGGGAGUGACCAGGAUGGAUAGGAUCAGGAAUGAGUACAUCAGAGGGACAGCACAUGUUAGAGGCUUUGGAGAUAAAGUCAGAGAGGCCAGACUGAGAUGGUUCAGACAUGUCCAGAGGAGAGAGAGUGAAUAUAUUGGUAGAAGGAUGCUGAGUUUCCCACUGCCAGGCAGGAGGCCAAGAGGAAGACCAAAGAGGAGGUUUAUGGAUGUGGUUAAAGAGGACAUGAAGGUAGUUGGUGUGAGAGAAGAAGAUGCAGCAGACAGGGUUAGAUGGAGGCAAUUGAUUCACUGUGGCGACCCCUGAAGGGAAAAGAUGAAAGGAAAAGAAGAUUCUUACAGCUCUUUUCAGAAUCAGCACUUUAUUACAGUUUUCAACCAGAGAUCAAUAAAAAUGUGUUGAGUUAAAACUAAAUCAGAGCAUCAAUAAAAUCCCUCUGAGAAUCAAUAGAAGGGAAAUUAAAGAACGGUUGAGUUUAACCAGAUUAAUUCACCUUUGAUAACGUUUUAUCUAACGUCUGUGUGACCUCAUCGAUCUGUUUUUUGUUUAAACUGAAGGUUGUCUGGUUGUGUAACUACACUUAGUUACACACAGGUUUGUCACCAACGGUUACACAAUUUAUCAUCCUCACAACAGCAGACAUUCAUACUAAACAAAAACCUCAGGUCUCAUUUUGCACUCUUUAUGUUAAACUGUCAGAACUACUAAAUAUUCCAGGUCCUGAAGCAUUUAAAAUAUUGGAGUGAUAAAUUAAAGGGUGAAGCCAGAUCCCUGUUUCUGCUAGAAAUGAGAAUAAAGUUUUUUUUCCACUGGAAACUCGAUCACUGGUUUGAUUUGAUGGAGAGAUUCAGGAGUAGAUUUUUGUAAAACAUUUUAAUCAAAAAAGACGUUGAUUUUGUCCCGUAUCUUUUCCUGGAGCUCCUCCGAUGUGUUUCCUUCAAACUGGUCACAUUAAAGCUGCUCAACAUCUGGUUACUGAUACGCUGGAGUUUACAGAUGUUCCCUAAACGCCUCACAUGAAACCUGCAGUUCUCUUAAAUAUGACCCAAACUUUAUGAGCUACACCUCGUUGGUACCAGGUUGGACCUUCAUCUACCUUCAGAGCCGCCUUAAUUCUUCAUGUCAGAGAUUCAACAAGCUGCUGGAAACAUUCAUCAGAGAUUCUGGUCCAUGUUGAUGUCAUCAGCUGCUCAUCCAUGUUACUAAUCUCAUCCCAGAGCUGCUCUCCUGGAGAUCUGGUGGCUGUGGAGGUUCUUGGAGUCCAGUGAACUCAUGGUCAUGUUCCAGAAACCAGUUAGAGAAGAUCUGAGCUUUGAGACAUGAAGUAGCUUCAGAAGAUGUUCCUCUGUGGUCCUAAAGGGAUGGAGAUGUUCAGCAGCAACACUCAGAUAGACUGUGGGGUUUAAAUGAUGCUCAGUAGGUUGUAAGGAGGCCACAGUGUGCUGAGAAAACCUCCUCCAGAUCAUUCCACCAGCAGCAGCCUGUUGGCAGAAGGCAGGAUGGAUCCAUGUGUUCAUUUUAAUUCUGAUCUUCUGGAUGUCGCAGCAGAAAUCAGGUCCACGCAGCGUUCUUGUUUUUCUUCUGUUGUCCAGUUUUGGUGAGUUGUAGUUUCAUCAGUGACUCCUGGUGUCUUCUGCUACUGUAGGUUGAACAUGUUCAGAGAUGGUCUCCUUCAUAAUCUGGCUGGUUUUUUGGACUUACUGUCGUCUGGAUGUUCUCCUCUGAUCUCUGGCGUCAGCGAGGUGUUUUCACUCACUGGAUAUUUCCUCUUUUUCAGACUAUUUUCUGUAAACCCUGGAGAUGUUUGUGUGUUAAAAUCCCAGUAGACCAGCAGUUUCUGAACCAGUCAGACCAGUUAAAGAGUCUCCAAUUCUGCUCUGUUCUGAUGAACUCCAGCAGGUCGUCUUCAUCGUGUCUAAAUGCUCUGAGCUGCUGCCGUGUGAUUGGAUGAUUAGAUGUUUAACGAGCAGUGAACAUAAUGAAGUGUCUGCUGAGUCAUUUUAACUAUUUGGGUUGUUUUCUGGGAGCAUUUUAAAGCGUCUGCUCUGCAUUCCGUCAUGUUCAUUUAAUCACAGGAAGCUAAAUCAUGAUCACAGUUUAUUAAAUUCUUUACCCCAAAUCUGUGCUAGCAUUGAGUCUGGACCUUUGUCUCUGCUCAUUUUGUUUUAUUUCUUUCAACAUGGUCACAUUAAAAUGAAUGAUUUCACAGAUCAGGCAGGAGAAUCAGUGAAGAAGAAAACCAGAGACUUUCCUCCUCUGUGACUAACGGAGUAGAUAUAAACCAGCCUGAUGAUUUAUAAACCAUCACCUGAAACCUCACCUUUAAAACCCUCUUUAAUUUCUCCUC